AUGAUAGGCAAACUGCUUGGUGAAAGUGCACAAGCAGCUGCGUUGCGAGAGAUGAAAGCAAUAGAUCCUUCAUUCCGAUUGCCAGAACUCGUUGAAUUGGCAGAGCACGUUAUCGCGCCUCAUUUGGUUCAUUCGUUUUUGAAUGGCGACAGAGAAGCGCUUAAGAUUCAAUGUGGCGAAGCGGCAUAUGCUGCAGUUGAUCACUCCAUCAAGGAGAGGGACACGUUGAAGCUCUCGUUAGAUCCAACUGUACUUUUGUUAAGAAACGUCGAAUUUAAAGGUGCAUCAACUAUGCCUGAUAAGGCACCUUGGUUUAUUUUUACGUUCACGGCUCAACAAAUCAAUUGUAUGCGGGAUAAGGACGACAGGGUGGUUGUCGGUGCAAUUGAUGACAUUCGGGAGGUAGUCUAUUCUGUCGCCUUGAUGAAACACCCAGAUCCUGAAAUAGCAGGCUUGGAAUAUCCAUGGCAG